AUGGCAAUGGCGGCUCGGAUUAUCUCUCCGACGACUUCCGAGUGCGGCGACUUCGACGGCGCUUCAGAAAUGCAGAUUCAGGUGGACAAAUUGAACGGACAUUUUCACUCGUUGACGGAUGCUCAUAAACAUACCGGGAAACGACUCGAUGCGAUGGAUUUGAGGUUCGAUACGGUCGAUCGGCGAUUCAACAAACUCGAGGCGAAGAUGGAUUCGAUUAUCACGAUGCUCGGAAAAGCAGAUCCACAUCAGAAUGCGUCUUUCUCUCAGAAUCCGAAUCAAUCUCACACUCCGACGCAGGUACAUUCUCCGAAUCUGGAACAACAACGGGUAAACUCUGCGCUAGGUUAUCGAUCUGGUCAAUUGAAUGUUGCGAAUCGUGAUAGUUUGUUGAAAAAACUCGAGAUGCCUAUUUUUGGUGGGAAACAACCGUAUGUGUGGCUUAUUGAACUAGAACGAUUCUUCUACAUUGGGGGAUACAACGAUCUAGAGAAGUUGGACUUGGUGGCCUUAAGUUUGGAAGGCAAAGUCAGGAAGUGGUACUAUUGGGAGCUACAGAGAAAAGGUUUCCGCAGUUGGUCAGAGUUCAAGGACAAACUGGUGCUGCGAUUCUCAGAAUCCAUUGAGGAGGAUCCGGGAAAACGCUUGUUCAGAAUCAAACAGCAAGGAUCAGUGGACGACUACAUCACAGAAUUUGAGGAACUUUCUUCACUGGUGCCAGGGUUAUCAGAUGACACCUUGUCUAACAUCUUCUAUAAUGGUUUGAACACAGAGAUGCAAGAGGUGAUCAGAAUGAAGGAGCCACAAGGUUUGGAACAUCACAUCUCCGCAGUGUUGAGGAUGGAAUCAAGGGCGUUUUGCAAAGCUGUCAGCAGUGUACCGGGGUAUGAUAACAACGCAAAACAAAGGAAAUCACUACCACCACAGAACCAUCAACGAACUGUGGUACCUCAUGACGCGAGGAACAAUCAACAACAGAACAAACCACAUAACAAGGAGAAUGAGACAACGCAUACACAGUUACGACCGAGACAGCGGCGUACAGAUGCAGAAUUGGAUCAGAUGAGAAGAGAUAAGAUUUGUUUUCAGUGUAAAGGGCAGUGGUCAAAGGAUCAUCCACCGGUGUGCCCGAUGAAAGAAUACAGAGUUUUGACAGUCAUUAAUGGCUUGGAAAUGGAGGUUUAA